GUCGAGGAAUUACUCGACGUUGGUAAGCUUAAGAGUGCUGUUUGGUUUCACUAUACCAAAGUUCGAAUUAAUGGAAUUGUCAAGGCUAAAUGCAAUUAUUGUAAGAAGCAAUUAGGUGGGGAAUCAAAUAAUGGUACUACCCACCUAAAGAAUCACACCAAAAUUUGUGUUCAAAAGAAAAUUAGGGAUGGUAGUCAAAAGAUUCUCGGCCCUCACUAUUUGGCUAAAGGAAAUCAAGACUUGGUUGCUACUGCUUUCAACUCUGAUUUUUCAAAAAGGGAGCUUGCAAUUGCUAUUAUAAUGCAUGAAUAUCCUUUGUCGAUGGUUGAUCAUCUCUAUUUCAAGAGAUUUGUCUGCUCUCUUCAACCAUUGUUCACUGUUCCAUCGAGGAAUACUAUAAAUAAAGACCUCGUCUUUAAAUUCUAUGAUAUUGAAAGAGCUAAGAUUCAAAGUCUGUUUGAUAUCAACAGAGGUAGAAUUGCAAUAACUACUGAUUUGUGGACUGCCACCAAUCAAAAGAAGGGGUACAUGACUGUUACAGCUCAUUAUAUUGACAACUCGUGGGUGCUUAGGUAA